AUGCAAGUAAACGAAACAUCAAUUGAAAUUAAUAAAUCUAUCGAGGUUAUGACCAACUUUGUUACUGGUCAUUUACAAUCAAGAAUGUUUUAUUUUAUUAUGAAACAUGGCUUCUGUGAUAUCUUAGAAGAUGGUGCCAAACACUAUACCGAGGUCGCCAAAGCUGUCAAUAUUAAUGAAAAUGUUUGCUAUAGAGUUUUACGUUAUUUCAGUGCCACUCCAAAUAAUCUCUGGGUUGAAGAUAAAGAAAAUAUUGGUACCUUUAGAAAGACAACAUCCAGCUCAAUGUUUACUAAAAGUGGUAAACUUAAAUCCAUUGGUGAACUCCAAACCCACGAUGUCAUGUACAAAUUAAUCGAGUGCCUCCCAGAUACUUUAGAGUCUGGUAAAUCAAAUGCUCCACAAACCGUCUUUAAUGUCGAUACUUUCUGGGAUAUCUUUAAAGAAAAUAAAGAAUACAAGAAUUUAUUCACUCAUGCUAUGAGAGACUGUACCGACCUCGAAUUAAAGUCCGUUCUCAAUAGAUUCGAUUUUUCAAAAUUCAAAACAAUCGUUGACAUUGGUGGAAGUCAUGGAUUAUUAAUUAACUCUAUUGUCGAAAAGAAUUCAAAAGUUAAGGGUAUUAAUUUUGAUAUGGGUGUUAUUUUAGAUACACCAAGUGAGCAAAGAAGCCAUAAUCAAAAUGUUGAAUAUGUCUCUGGCAAUUUCUUUGAAUCUGUUCCAGAAGCCGAUGCUUAUAUCUUAAAGCAUAUUUUACACAACUGGUCCGAUGAAGAUUGUUCAAGAAUCUUAAAAACCAUCUCAAAGAACAUUAGAAAAGGUGGCCAAGUAUUUGUUUUCGAAACUGUUAUCAAUCCAAAAUCAUGUACCAGAUUUGAAGUUUUCAUGGACUUAUUAAUGAUGCAAACCUUAAACUCAAAAGAAAGAACUCUCAACGAAUGGAAACAUCUCUUUGAUAGCGCCGGUUUUAGAGUCGAAUCUGUUCAUGAUGAUACCAGACCACAUUGCUUGGUCCUUACAAAAAAAGAAUAA